AUGAGAUCGAUCCUUGUUCAAUUUUCGUUUGUUCUCGAUCGGUACGAAACUAAACAAGGCCUCAUAAAUGUCAGCAUAGAUUUUAUCUAUCUAUCUAUCUAUCUAUCUAUCGCAACUGAUUAUCUAUCUAUCUAUCUAUCUAUCUAUCUAUCUCAUUCUGUUGAGUAUCUAUCUAUCUAUCUAUCGCAGUCUGAUAUCUAUCUCAGACUGAUUAUCUAUCUAUCUAUCUAUCUCAAUCUGUUGAGUAUCUAUCUAUCUAUCUAUCUAUCGCAUAUCUAUUCAUCGCAGUGUAUCCUGUUUCAUCUAUCUACAUUAUCUAUCUAUCUAUCAGUUUGUUGUAUUCAUAUCUAUCUAUCUAUCUAUCUAUCUAUCUAUCUAUCUAUCUCAUUCUAUGAGUAUCUAUCUAUCUAUCUAUCUAUCGCAUCUGUGAUAGUGUAUUUUAUAUCUAUCUUUUUAAUCUAUCUAUCUAUCUAUCUAUCUAUCACAUUUUUUGAAACAUUCAUCUAUAUCUAUCUAUCUAUCUAUCUAUCUAUCGCAGUCUGUUUCAUAUUUAUCUAUUUAUAUAUAUAUGUAUUUUCUAUGUUCCAUUCAUCUAAAAUAUUCUCUAUCUAUGUUCUCUCUAUUCUCUCUGUCUGUCCAUAUCUAUCUAUCUAUCUAUCUAUCUCAGUGUAUUCAUAUCUAUCUAUCUAUCUAUAUAUCUAUCUAUCUAUGUCAAUAUCUCCCCCCACUCUCAUUGUGCUCUUCUAUCACCGCCAUCUUCACCAAUGA